CUUUCGUGUUUAAUAUUUAACCUCAAUUGAGAUAUGAUAGGUUAUCCUAUAGCUUUUAUUAAAUUCCGUUAGCCAUUGUUGUAGGCAUACUUAUUUAAGUAAUAAGAGAAAUUUGUUCCAGUUAAUUAUUUUUCAAUUUUUAGAAAAAUAAUUCCAGUAGAUUGUGACAUAAUUUAAACUAAUUUAACUGUUAAUAAAAUACUAAAUUUGUAUCAGACAGUAGAAUUGUACGUAUAACGUUUGAACGUCAAAACCGUGACGACUAUAAAUACGAAGGAAGCGGUAAAUUCAAUUGUAAAUAAUAAUGACAAAAUUGAUAAAUAGAGUUACGAAGUUACCAAAAUGUGAAAGUCUAUUUUAUUUUCUUUGCUGGACUAGUGCUGUAUUUUACUCUAUUUAUAAAGUAUCUUUACUUAGUACUUACUUUAAUGAUUAUCAUGAUGUAUAUGAUGAUUUUUCACAAGGAUGGAUAUGGCUAGGAAGAAAACAAGAUGUUUCUGAUCAAGAAUGGAAGAUAUGGAUUCCAUUGAUAAUUAAAUUAAUACCAUGGAUAUUCCUGCAUCACUCCAUUAGUUAUAUUAUUAAAACAUUGCCAAAUACCAUGCUACUAUGUUAUUGGUAUAUCUUCAUAUCUGUUUCAUCUUUAUAUUUUUUUAUUGGAACAUUAGGCACACUAUGUGCAGUAAUUCAACCAAGUAUAUUGUAUAUUCUAACAUACAAACGCGAAAACUAUAUUAUAUGGUUGAUAAACACAUUGUUUCUAUUUUUGAUACAUUUUCUUAAAAUUCCUAAUGGUAUUUUUCAAAAUGUUCUAAAACUGAGUGAUGAAGAACAUUAUCUUUUGACUCUUACAAUGUGUUGGAUUCAGUUAAGAUGUAUUAGCUGCAGCAUAGAUAACAAACAAAUGUGUUUAGAAAAUAAUUAUGACAACAUAUAUUUAUUAAGGAAUUUUUUGUGGGGAUUAGCAUAUUCCUUGUAUUUACCCACAUUACACUUGGGACCAUUGAUUCUGUACCAUGAAUUUAUAGAUUCUAUAAAGAAACCAUUUCAUACAUGGAAGUUAACAGAACUUGGAUACCUAGUCUUAAAUUUAAUUAGAUAUGGGUUUUGGAUACUAUUUGCUAAUUUUUUCUUACAUUUUCUUUAUUUUAAUGCAAUGCAUUAUCAUCCAAGGAUCGUUGAAGUUUUAAACCCAUGGGCUUUAUAUGGAUUAGGAUAUUGCAUGGGUCAAUUUUUCUUAAUUAAAUAUGUUGUAGUAUACGGUUUAAAUCAUACUCUAUGUGCAAUUGAUAAUAUUGAAGCUCCUUCUCAGCCUAAAUGUGUAGCAAGAGUGCAUUUGUAUUCUGAUAUGUGGAAGUAUUUCGAUGAAGGUUUAUAUAAAUUUCUUAUAAGAUAUAUUUAUACACCGUUAUUAAAAUCAAAUUUCAAUAAGGUGUUUGCCUCCUUCCUGUGCUUUGCAUUUGUUUUUGUAUGGCAUGGAAUGCAAACAAAUAUUUUUAUUUGGGCAUUCCUUAACUUUAUAGGAUUAAACAUUGAAAACUUAAUCAAGUCACUUGAAAGAAGUAAAUAUUGUACUAACAUUCAGAAAAAGUAUAUGUCACCAACAAAUGUCAGAAGAGUUCAUUGUAUUGUAACAAGUCCUUUGCUAGCAAUGUCAGUAAUAUCUAAUUUUUAUUUUUUUGCUGGCGAAGAAAUUGGGCACAUAUAUGUUUAUAGGAUAUUCCAUGAUAUAUGCCAUUCUACUUUAAUUUUACUUUGUUUUCUGUACUGCUGCUGCCAAGUUUCUACAGAUUUAAAGAAUUGGGAGUCAAGAAAAUUCUAAUUGAUUUAAAAAAUCAAAAUUUACAUAAACGGAGGUAAUUGUUGUAAAGAAUGAAUUAUUAUUAAGUAAAAGGUGGGCGCAUAUUUGAUUAUGAUUAUAGUAUUGAAUAAUGUUGAACUAUUUUAUUGUUUUACGUACAAAAUGGGUAUAAAAAUACAAUAUAUAACUAAAAUUAUUGUUCACAUUAACAAUAUUAUAAUUAAGUAAUGUUUAUUACGAAUGAUAAUAAAAUGUUUAGUACAAAGUAUAUGUGUGAAUAUUAUUUAUAUAAUUACGAUUAUUACAUCAUUAUGUAGCAAUCAGCUUUACAAUGCACCUAAGGCACGUCACAGUUUACAAUGAACAAAUGCAUAUGAAAUUAAGAUCUUAAUCAUUAUAAUCUCUACGUUUUAUGCAGUACAAAUUGACUUUUUUAGAUGUUAUUACAUAGGUUUGAGAAUAUAAAAAGUGUAUACAUUUUGUUCGUAUUGAAGUAUUGAAAUUUUCAUAUUGCUUUUAUCUGCUAUUUCUGUGUAAUAUAAUUUGUAUUGCUAAGUGUGUUUAAUUCUAUAUAUUAUUAUAUUACUUAUUUAUAUGCGGUUAAUAAC